GCUCCAUUCAAACAAACUCCGCGCCCCGGGGUGCGACAGUCGCUGUAGACGGAGAGCGCGGUGGCCUCAGCAGCAGCAACACACCCUUUGGUCUGAAAAAGAGGCAGAAAAAGAAAUCACGCACACGCAAAGACACGCAGCGGGGCUCGCAGGAACUCUCUCUGAGCGCAGUCUGCUAGCGGGAGGCUAACGGCUAACAGCACCGACAUGGCGAGCGCCUCGUACCACAUCUCCAACCUGCUGGAGAAAAUGACCUCCAGCGACAAGGAUUUCAGGUUUAUGGCCACAAACGACCUGAUGACAGAGCUUCAGAAAGACUCGAUCAAACUGGACGACGACAGCGAGAGGAAGGUGGUGAGAAUGAUCCUCAAACUGCUGGAAGACAAGAACGGAGAAGUUCAGAACUUGGCUGUGAAAUGCCUGGGGCCUCUGGUCAGCAAAGUGAAGGAGUAUCAGGUGGAGACCAUCGUGGACACCCUGUGCACAAACAUGCUGUCGGACAAAGAACAGCUGCGGGACAUUUCCUCCAUCGGCCUGAAGACGGUGAUCGGAGAGCUUCCUCCUGCCUCCAGCGGCUCUGCUCUGGCGGCCAGUGUUUGCAAGAAGAUAACGGGCCGGCUGACGAGCGCCAUCGCCAAGCAGGAAGACGUGUCGGUGCAGCUGGAGGCGCUGGACAUCAUGGCGGACAUGCUGUGCAGACAGGGCGGCCUGCUGGUGAACUUUCAUCCCUCCAUCCUCAGCUGUUUGCUCCCUCAGCUCACCUCUCCCAGACUGGCCGUCAGAAAGCGCACCAUCAUGGCUCUGGGCCAUCUGGUGAUGUCCUGCGGGAACCUCGUCUUCAUCGAUCUGAUCGAGCACCUGCUGUCAGAGCUGGGCAGGAACGACAACAUGUCCACCACCAGGACGUACAUCCAGUGCACGGCGGCCAUCAGCAGGCAGGCCGGACAUCGGAUCGGAGAGUACCUGGAGAAGAUCAUCCCCCUGGUGGUGAAGUUCUGCAACGUGGACGACGAUGAGCUCAGAGAGUACUGCAUCCAGGCCUUCGAGUCCUUCGUCAGGAGGUGUCCUAAAGAAGUUUACCCCCACGUUCCCACCAUCAUCUCCAUCUGCCUCCGCUACCUGACCUACGACCCCAACUACAACUUUGACGACGAAGAUGAGGACGACAACGCCAUGGACGCCGAGCAGAACGACGAAGACUACCAGGGGAGCGACGACGAAUACAGCGACGACGACGACAUGAGCUGGAAGGUCCGCAGGGCGGCGGCCAAAUGUCUCGACGCCGUGGUUUCAACUCGCCACGAGAUGCUGCCUGAGUUCUACCGCUCCGUGUCGCCGGCGCUCGUCUGCCGCUUCAAGGAGAGGGAGGAGAACGUGAAGGCGGACGUUUUCCACGCCUACCUGUCGCUGCUCAAACAGACCCGGCCGGCCCAGAGCUGGCUGACCGACCCGGACGCCAUGGAGCAGGGCGAGACGCCGCUAACCAUGCUGCAGAGCCAGGUGCCCAUGAUCGUCAAAGCUCUCCACAAACAGCUGAAGGAGAAAAGUGUCAAAACCCGCCAGUGUUGCUUCAACAUGUUGACCGAGCUGGUCAACGUCCUCCCCGGAGCGCUGACGCAGCACAUCCCAGUGCUGAUACCAGGCAUCAUCUUCUCCCUGAACGACAAGUCAAGCAGCUCCAACCUGAAGAUCGACGCUCUGUCCUGCCUCCACGUCAUCAUGGUCACGCACCCCGCCCACGCCUUCCACGCCCACGUCCCCGCCCUCGUGCCGCCCGUGGUGGCCUGCGUGGGAGACCCCUUUUACAAGAUCACCUCCGAGGCAUUGCUCGUCACCCAGCAGCUCGUCAAGGUGAUCAGGCCGCUGGACAACCAAUCAGAGGCCUCAGACAGCUUUGACCCCUCCCCCUACAUUAACGACCUCUUCACCUGCACGAUCAAACGGCUGAAAGCCGCCGACAUCGACCAGGAGGUGAAGGAGCGCGCCAUUUCCUGCAUGGGGCAGAUCAUCUGUAACCUAGGUGACCGUCUGCCCAACGAGCUUCCAGGAACGCUGCUGAUCUUCCUGGAGCGCCUGAAGAACGAGAUCACGCGGCUGACGACGGUUAAAGCUCUGACGCUGAUCGCCGGCUCCCCGCUGAAGAUCGACCUGAGGCCCGUUCUGCCCGACGCCGUCCCCAUCCUCGCCUCCUUCCUCAGGAAGAACCAGCGGGCGCUGAAGCUCUGCACGCUGGCCGCUCUGGACAUCCUGCUCAGAAACUACAGCUCCGCCGUCACCUCCGUCAUGGUGGACGCCGUCCUGGCCGAGCUGCCGCCGCUCAUCUCGGAGAGCGACAUGCACGUGUCCCAGAUGGCGCUGAGCUUCCUGUCCACGCUGGCCGUGACGCACCCGGCGUCGCUGGGUCAGCUGGCGGGGGGGAACAUCCUGCAGCAGCUCAUCGCGCUGGUUCGAUCGCCGCUCCUGCAGGGAGGGGCGCUGGUCGCCAUGCUGGACUUCUACCAGGCUCUGGUGGCCACCAGCACUCCUGGUCUGGGUUACAUGGACCUGCUGAGGAUGCUGACGGGUCCGGUUUACUCCCAGAGCGCCGCUCUGCCCCACAAACAGGCGUACUGCUCCAUCGCUAAAUGCGUCGCCGCUCUGACGCGCGCCUGUCCCACCGAGGGCCCGGCUGUGGUGGGACAGUUCAUCCAGGACGUGAAGAACAGUCGCUCCACAGACUCCAUCAGGCUGCUGGCUCUGCUCUCAUUGGGCGAGGUGGGACACCAUGUGGACCUCAGCGGCCAACCGGAGCUCAAGACCGUCAUCCUGGACGCGUUCUCCUCCUCCAGCGAAGAGGUGAAGUCUGCGGCCUCGUACGCGCUGGGCAGCAUCGCCGUGGGGAAUCUCCCGGAGUACCUGCCCUUCGUCCUGCAGGAGAUCUCCUCCUCCAAGAGGCAGUACCUGCUGCUGCACUCCCUCAAAGAGAUCAUCAGCUCGGCGUCUGUCUCCGGCUUGAAGCCCUACGUUGAGUCGGUUUGGUGUCUGCUGCUCAAACACUGCGAGUGUCAGGAGGAGGGCACCAGGAACGUGGUGGCCGAGUGUCUGGGCAAGCUGACGCUCAUCGACCCCGAAACCCUGCUGCCGCGCCUCAAGGGGUACCUGCUGUCAGGUUCUUCGUACGCCAGGAGCUCCGUGGUAACGGCGGUGAAGUUCACCAUCUCUGAUCACCCGCAGCCCAUCGACCCGCUGCUGAAGAACUGCAUAGGUGACUUCCUGAAGACGCUGGAAGACCCGGAUCUGAACGUGCGGCGCGUUGCCUUGGUAACGUUUAACUCUGCCGCCCACAACAAGCCCAGUCUGAUCAGAGAACUGCUGGACUCGGUUCUACCGCACCUCUACAACGAGACCAAAGUCAGAAAGGAGCUGAUCCGAGAGGUGGAGAUGGGUCCCUUCAAGCACACGGUAGACGACGGGCUGGACUUGAGGAAGGCUGCGUUUGAGUGCAUGUACACGCUGCUGGAUAGCUGCUUGGACCGACUCGACAUCUUCACCUUCCUGAACCACGUAGAGGACGGUCUGAAGGACCACUAUGACAUCAAGAUGCUGACCUUCCUGAUGCUGGCUAGACUGUCGUCCCUUUGUCCCAGCGCUGUGCUGCAGAGACUGGACAGACUGGUGGAGCCGCUGAGAGCUACCUGCACCACAAAGGUCAAGGCAAACUCUGUGAAACAGGAGUUCGAGAAGCAGGACGAGCUGAAGCGGUCGGCGAUGCGAGCGGUUGUCGCGCUGCUGACGAUCCCGGAGGCCGAGAAGUCGCCGCUGAUGUCAGAGUUCCAGUCCCAGAUCUCGUCCAAUCAGGAGCUAGCGGCGAUAUUCGACUCCAUCCAGAGAGACUCCAGCUCGGCCAACAUGGAGUCCAUGGACACCAGCUAAACAGGCGGACAGAACAAAUUACCAUGAUGUACCAUCCCGCUGCUGGAGCGCUAACCCUGCAGCAUGUUUCCAUCACACACACACACACACACACACACACACACACACACACACACACACACACACACACACACACAUUGUAGUGAUACACCCUCUCCUAGCAAUCGAUUGUUUCCAUGAUGCAUUGCACUGAUCUUUGAGUUUGGGAAAGAAAGGACGAAGACCGAUGGACGGCUCACACGGACAAAAAAAACGAAGAUUGAAAAGAAAGAAAUAUAGAAAAAUAAUCGGAAACGUCUCACAAAGAGUUCAUAAGAUUGGCUGAUUUUCCCUGUGCAUCGUUUUUUUUUUUUUUUUUUUUUUUUUUUUUUAUUUCUUUUCUACAUAAUUCCAGGAAGUUCCACAGGUACUGUAACCUGAUUGGCCGCUGCUGAGUGACUGACAGCGUGUUAACUAAAUGGACCAAUAGGAGGAAAAUAUAAAAAAAAUAAAUAAAAAAAAAUAAAAAGCCUUUCCCGCCUCAAGCUGUGGUGACCAAUGGGAGAAAGGCUGUCUCUGCAAAUGAAACAAGCAACCAAUAGGAGGUUUUGGGGAGAGAACUGAUGGGCGGGGCUUUACUGUUUAUGGACCAAUCGGCUUCUCCGUUGUUCUUCUGAUUAAAUAGAUGCGCCCUUGACUUCUUCGUUCCGAGGAGGUGAGGAAGAAAGAGGGAGAGAUCUUUGGACCAGGUUCCUUCGGACCGGACCGGACCAUGCUGGCCGUUGCCAGGGUUACGAAGUGUAAAACAAAGUAACAACUUUCUGUUGGCUGUUCUGUGAGUUCGGCUGCCUUAAACCGGUUCCAGCUGGUUUUAUCUGGUAUGCUGCGGUUUGGAUUUUUGGUUCUGCUGUCUCUCUUAUCUUAGUCAGAUGUGGGUAAACCUGGCUUAGACCAGUUUACUCCCUUAUGGUGUGGUCAGGAAACUCCACUGUUGUUUAUCACCCGAGAAAAAUAAAAAAAAAAGGUCCAUUUCUGCCUGCCUACAUA